CUGGGAGAGACGACGGACGCUGCAGACCUGUCGAGCCACCCAAUCCUGAGCUGAUCACUUCUAAUAAAGGCAUUGAAAAGGAGAAGAAGUCUCCUGGCCCUGUUUAUUUCAUAAGAGACAAGAGGAUUUCCCAUUCCCAAACCUCAUCUGGAUGGAGAAGGCUGUGAAGAAGAGGAAGAUGCCCCAGGGCACUGAGGCAGGGAAGGAGCUGAGGAUGGAGACCAGGGAGGACAAAUCCCCAUGGCAGAACCUUGUGGCAGAGGCUGUUUUGAGCAGCUCCAGGGCACAGGAAUCCAACGGGGAGGAAAAGCCACAGAGAUCCCUCAGGAGGAGAGGCUGCAAACCCAGCCCAGGGUGCUCUGAGGAGGAAAGACUCAGCCUGUGCCAGGAAGGCAGCCAGAGAUCUGGCCAGAUCUCUGAAGUGGUGGUCCAUGAGCAGCUUGACAAUGGCAAGAAGCCCCACCAGUGCUUGGAAUGUGGGAAGAGUUUCGGCAGGAGCGACCACCUGCUCAUCCACCAGAGGACCCACACUGGGGAACGGCCCUAUGAGUGUGGGGAAUGUGGGAAGAGCUUCAGGAUCAGCUCCCACCUCAUCGUCCACCAGAGGAUCCACACCAAUGAAUGGCCUUAUAAAUGUGGAGAAUGUGGGAAGGGCUUCAGGAGGAGCUCCAGCCUGAAACUCCACCAGAUGAUCCACAUUGGGAUACGACUCUUUGUAUGUGGGGAAUGUGGGAAGGACUUCCGUGACAGCUCCCGCCUGAUCAUCCACCAGACAAUGCACACUGGGGAGUGCCCCUACACGUGCUCAGAGUGUGGGAAGAGCUUUAUUGAGAACUCCAGCCUGAUUCUGCACCAGAGGAUCCACACUGGGGAGAGGCCCUACAAGUGCAGGGAAUGUGGGAAAAGCUUUAGGCAGAGCUGCCAUCUGAAUGCCCACCAGAGGAUCCACACUGGGGAGAGGCCCUACAAGUGCAGGGAAUGUGGGAAAAGCUUCAUCGACCCCUCCAGCCUGAGUGUCCACCAGAGGAUCCACACUGGGGAGAGGCCCUACAAGUGCAGGGAAUGUGGGAAAAGCUUCAUCGACCCCUCCAGCCUGAGUGUCCACCAGAGGAUCCACACUGGGGAGAGGCCCUACAAGUGCAGGGAAUGUGGGAAAAGCUUCAUCGACCCCUCCAGCCUGAGUGUCCACCAGAGGAUCCACACUGGGGAGAGGCCCUACAAGUGCGGGGAAUGUGGGAAAAGCUUCAGGCAGACCUCCAGGCUGAUUGCCCACCAGAGGAUCCACACUGGGGAGAGACCCUAUGAGUGUUCUUAGUGUGGGGAGAGGUUUCAGAGCUGAUACCGUCUCCUCAAGCAUCAGCAGAUUCACACAGAAUAGAGGCCGUUCUGCUGCCCUGACUGCAGGAAGGGCUUUAAGAAAAACUCCACCCUCGUCACCCACCAGCGGAUCCACACUGGGGAGAGGCCCUGACAGUGUUCCAAGUGUGGGAAGAGCUUCUCCCAGAACUCUACCGUGACUCAAAACCAAGGGAGGCAGCAGUAAGGGAUGCCCUACAGCUGCCCUGUGUGCAGGAAGAGUGUUGCCUUGAUUUUUUAAGAUUUUUUGAGCCUUCUGAUAUCUGCAGUCUUGUAGCAAAC